GCUUACGUGACGUUUACAGGGACUAGGCAAGUGACAGAUCUGUCAAAAUUUUUAGUAAACGAUGAAUCCAAAAUACAAAAAACUACACAAAAAAAUGCAAAAAUGCUUCCAAACUAGUUUCCCACGUUAUAAUCAGUUUUUAGAUUCUACGCUACACGGACCUUUUGCCAAUAUUGUACCCUUGCAACGUGCGAGUUGAAAAGAUAGGGAUGUCGCUGCAAGGGCGACCGAUUCGUAUGCUGGUCUUGCAGGCGGACGCCACGCGUCCGAAGCAAGGGGCGAUGAUCGAGGCGGGAAUACACGCGCGUGAGUGGUUGGCACACAGCACCAUCCUGUACAUAAUCGACAAACUCCUGGCGACGAAGACCAUGUUAAACUACAUGGACUUCUACAUCAUCCCCUGCGUUAACCCGGACGGUUACGAGUAUACCCACACAAGCUGCCGACUUUGGCGGAAGAACCUUAACCACAACAACUCGAAGGAUGUCAAGAAGUGGGGGGUCGACCUCAAUCGCAAUUUUCCCGUGGCGUUCGGACACGAGGGUAGCAGCCGGCACAGGGACAGUGCCCGUUACCACGGCGCCAGCGCCCUAAGCGAGCCCGAAACGCAAAGCCUAGCGAAUGCGCUCGGUAAAUACUCCUGCCGCGUCCGACUCUACAUAUCGCUCCACUGCUUUGGCCACCUAAUCAUGUACCCGUGGUCGCACACCACCGACUCGCUUUGGGACGAGCGGGACUUGCUUAACUGCGCCGUGGCAGCCCAGAAGGCGAUGAAGUGCAACACGCCAAAAAGCAAGUUUACCGUGGGCCAGCUUUCGAAGGCAAUGUACAUCGCGUCCGGGACGACGACGGACUACGUGAGACGGGUUCACAAGGUGAAGUUCGCGUACACCAUCGAGCUUCACAAGCGCGGACGAAGCGGUUUCGAGCCUCAACGUUCCGACAUACUAAAGGUGGGCAAGGAAACCUUUGCCGGCAUUGAGGCGAUGGUCAAGUACGUCCACAAGUUUUAUACGUUUCACGCCUGCAAACGGAAGAGGAGCGCCAGCUGCAACGAUCUGGCUAAGAGAUGCAGGUAUUUUUAAUGUAACAGUGUAAGCGGCACCAAUAAAAGUCUUGUCUUAUA